GGUUAAUGAUAAAUUCAGUCCAAAACUAAUGUAUUACAUAUGUCUUUUAUGUUAUCACGCAUGAACAGUUCUAUCAACGGCUAACCAACGUACCUAUAACAUUUAACCGUUGAACCGUAAAUCACUAAUUUCUCCGAUUCAACAUCCGGUCCGAUUAUGAAAUCAUAACUCAAAACCCUUGACAAUUGGUAAGAAAAACAGGGGAGAAGAGAAGACACAGAAGAAGAUUGAGAGAAGUAGUGUAGGCAAACUUUGAAGUGUUUUGGAAUGCAAACAAUACAUGACACAUCCCUUCCCCUCUCCUCCCCUCCACAAAUCUUAGAAUGAGGAUUAAGUCACUUAUUAGCAAUAUAUUAAAAAAAUCAAAAUCUCCCCACUACAAAUACCCCAUCCUAAUUCCCACCAUUUUCAUUACCAACCAAACACAUAAAUAAGAAGAAGGAGAAGAAGAAGAAGAAUACAAAUAUACGAAAUUAUAAUAUCAUUUUGUAAAACCAUCCCAAUAUGGCCGCUCCAACCGUGAUCAUCAUCGUGGUUUUUAUCUCGUUCGGCGGCCUCCUCUGCCUCGCGGGGCUCGCCGCCGUGGUGCUCUGCUGCUUGAAGAAGCUGAAGAAGAAGCCGACGGCGAAGCACGAGGUGGAUUUGAUCCACGUGGACGAGCACGCGAGGGUGAAGGAAGCCGUCGUCCCCGGGAGUGCGGUGGUGCUGGAGAUCGAAGAGGACUUGCACGUCGACGAGGUUGUGAGGAAAGAUGAUGAGGUCGCGGCCGCCGGACAUCAUCAUCAUCUUCAUGGUUUGCAUGGGAAGCCGGCGGCGGGGGUCGGUGCUAGCUCGGAGGUUGCGGCGGUGGCUUCGUCCGGCGGUGCUGCUCGGGAGGUUAAUUAAUGAAGGGAAGUCGUCGUGUAUUGUAAUUAAUUAUUGGGUGACUGAGGUUUCUCAAUGUUAAUUAAGCUGAUGCACUAAUUCGUUGUUUGAUUCACUUUAAAUAAACACAAGUUGAUUGCAAGUUGUAACUGAAAUUGAUUUGAUCUAAUCGGAAAGUAUGUAAAAAAAUCUAAUUCAGACAUUGUAAGAAACAACGAACGAGUCU